AUGGGUAAACGAUGGACAGUGGUGACGGUUGCGGCCAUCAUUAUAGUGCAUCUGGUGAACUGUAACGACAAUUCUAUUGACAGUUCCAAGUCAGAAGCGCCGGUGUAUGAACCAUCAUGGACCUACAAGUGCAUACCAGAUGAAGGUUGCCAGCGAACCGAGCAUCCCCAGCCAGGGACGAAUAUGUCAAGUUUGAUUUUUGAGAGUAUAGACCUCUGCAGAACAGUCUGUGGAAGGUUCGGCGGGCUUUGGCCCAGGCCCGUCACAGCCGCACUAAGCAUCCAUACUGUGAAGAUACAUCCUAAUUAUUUAAGGUUCGAUCUCAGCAAUGCGCCUGCAGAAACACGAGAGCUCCUAGUUCAGAUGACUCAAGUGACCACACAGAACCUCAUCGACGAGUGUGACGGUAAUGUGACCGAGCUAGUUGAGGCUCCCGUCGUUGUUUACAUCAAUGUGAAAACGACAAAUCUGAACCUUACAUGGGAUACAGACGAAACGUAUCGCUUGGACGUUCAAAGUAAAGAGAAGAACGCCGUAAUUCACAUAGUAGCAGAAACAGUGUAUGGUGCUCGUCACGGCUUAGAAACAUUCAGCCAACUUGUGUCAGGAGAUAAGACAGAUUACAGUGACCAAUACAAGUGCAGUCUACGACUGAUCGCAGGAGCAAAGAUAUGGGAUAGACCAGUUUACAAAUACAGGGGAUUUCUUUUGGACACUUCAAGAAAUUUCAUACCAAUGGAUGAUAUAAAGAGAAUGGUCGAUGCUAUGGCUACGGUCAAGAUGAACGUCUUUCACUGGCACGCUACGGAUUCACACAGUUUUCCAUUAGAAUCGAGACGUGUUCCUCAAUUUACAAGGUAUGGAGCGUAUUCAGCUUAUGAUAUAUAUACGGUAGAUGAAGUCAGAGAGUUUAUACACUAUGCAAGAGUGCGUGGAGUAAGAGUCGUCAUAGAGAUUGACUCUCCCGCUCACGCUGGAAAUGGUUGGCAGUGGGGAAAGGAAUAUGGAUUUGGAGAUUUAGCCGUUUGCGUGAAUUCUAAAGCAUGGCGAAACUUUUGCAUCGAACCUCCCUGUGGGCAGCUCAACCCUGUCAAUCCAGCCAUGUACCGCGUCUUGAGAGACCUCUACCGAGACUUGGCUGAAGUAUUACCAAAGCCCGCCUUGUUUCACGUGGGAGGAGAUGAGGUAUUCUUCAACUGCUGGAACUCCUCAGAAGAAAUAACGACAUACAUGAAGGAGCAGGGCUACGAGACAAACGUGGAAGGUUUCAUCAAGCUGUGGGGGGAGUUCCACGAAAAAGUCCUCAAGAUAUGGGACGAGGAACUGGAAGCGGUCGGUCAAACACCACAGCCCGUGAUGAUCUGGUCCUCCGAGCUCACGCAGCCGCACCGAGUUCAGAAAUACUUGGAUAAAGACAGAUACGUGAUUGAAGUUUGGGAACCAGUUAACAGUGGGCUGUUGCCGCAAUUGAUAAGGAUGGGGUAUAACACAGUAUCCGUCCCCAAGGACAUUUGGUACUUGGACCACGGGUUCUGGGGAAAUACUAAGUAUUCGAACUGGAGAAGGAUGUAUGCACACACGCUGCCCAGAGACCCGAACAUGUUGGGCGGAGAAGUGGCAAUGUGGAGCGAAUAUGUUGAUGCACAAGCUUUAGACACGCGCGUGUGGCCGCGCGCGGCGGCGGUGGCGGAGCGGCUGUGGGCGGACCCGGCGGGCGCGGGCGGCGCGGCGGGCGCGGAGCCGCGGCUGCAGCGGGCGCGCGCGCGGCUGGCGGCGCGCGGCGUGCGCGGCGACGCGCUGGCGCCCGCCUGGUGCGCGCUGCACGACCUGCGCUGCGUCUAGUGCUAGACCGUCUAUAGAAGAACAAAAUCUGCAAUUCCACUAGCAACCGAUGUGAGAUGUGAACUCUUCCAUUCUUUUGUACGGAGACUACAUUUUUAGUCCUCCCUUUUUCAAAAUUAUGCAUAAAAUUAUUAGAUCUUUCUGUGAUAUCAAAAACAAUGAAAUUAAAUUUUAUAUAUUAAAUUGGAGACUGAACGUAAAUUAUAAAGUUUCGUAAGCAA